AUGGACCAAGAACCCUUCCAGGACUACUAUGCCGUGCUUGGCCUGCAACUCGGAGCCAGCCACGACGCCAUCAAAGCAGCUUUCCGCGCCCUGGCCAUCGUACACCACCCGGACAAAUCUGGAACCAGCGACUCGACCGUGUUUCGUGCCGCGCGUGAAGCAUAUGAGAAGCUUACGGACGCUGACUACCGCAGAGCAUAUGACAGGACGUACUGGCGCCGCAAAUUUCAAACCGAUCCCCCUAUCCAGCAGGAUGUCGACAACACACGUACGAAGCAGUAUGAGGCUGAGAUGCGGGAGCGUGCCCGCCGAGCAAGUCCCCCGCCCAAGAAGCCGUUCAAGAAGACUGGCGAUCCCCCCUGGAAGUAUCUCAAUAGCGCCGCGUACCAGAAGUGGCAGCGCGAGAUGGCCGAGUACUAUGCUAGGCAUCCCGAGUGUGACACUCCAGCCCCCGAGAGCGAACCGCCCAGUCCGGGUCCUGGCGCGCUGGCUCACGGUCUUGUUGUCAACAUGUCACAUGCAUGCGUACUACAGACUUGCAGUUAUCGGACUUUCUCCUGGCACGUCCAGCCAGGCGGACCUGACCACUGUGUCUACUGCGUCGAGGCACACGUCGGCUGCAGCAGGUGUCCUGGCUGUCAAGCUCUGGCAUGCCAGAAGUGCCUGAGCAAGAUUGCCGAUCUAGAGUGCAAGCCGUUCAGUAGUUUUGGAAACAAAUCCCAGUAUACUGCGUCUGGAGGCUAG